UAGCAGUAAGCUUCGCUAAAGAGUGCUGGUGGAGUUCAUGUUGUUUUUACGCUACUUCUGAAGUUUGUUUUGGCGUUCGUAAUAACACUUAUAAUGUAUCAGGAGCAAACUGUGUCCAACUCAUCGAUAGUAGAAAAAUAUAAAAGGAAAUAACUAGAAACAUUUCUUCCUGUUAAUCGACGAAACCAGUCUUGAAACUUUAUCACUUGGAUAUGCUUCAGCUGUGGAUCAUGAGAUUGCCAAUGAAAAUGAUGUUAGAGUAAAACUCUCAAAAUGGGUACUGCUUCUUCCCUGGUAAACCCUGGGGAGGUAAUUGAAGAUGCUUAUGGUGGUGGUGGUGGUGAAGCCUGCGAAAUUCCCGUGGAGGUGAAGCCAAAAGCCCGUCUUUUGCACAGCUCUUUUCGCCGUGGCCCACGGGUCAUUGGAGCCAGCUUCAAAUCAACUGCCUCUGUUGAUCUAGAGUAUGCUGUUGAGUAUGAAAAGUUAAAGAAAGAGUAUGAGAUCUUCAAAGUUAGUAAAAACAAUGAAAUUGCUUCAAUGCAGAAGAAAGAAGCCAAGCUGGACAAGGAGAAUAAAAGACUACGUGCAGAGCUUCAGGCUUUACAGAAGACAUAUCAAAAGAUACUACGUGAGAAAGAAAGUGCCUUAGAAGCUAAAUAUCAGGCCAUGGAAAGAGCUUCAACUUUUGAGCAUGAUCGAGACAAAGUAAAGAGACAGUUUAAAAUUUUUAGAGAAACAAAAGAGAAGGAAAUUCAAGACCUACUAAGAGCAAGACGAGAUUUAGAGGCCAAAUUACAAAGGUUGCAGGCACAAGGAAUCUAUAUAUGUGAUCCUGCUGAUUCUGAUUCUGAUGACAACCGCACUGAUGUUACAACUGCAGGUACCCAGUGUGAAUACUGGAGUGGAGGCUUGCUGAGCAGUGAGCCAUCAAUGGGUAGCAUGAUGCAACUACAGCGGAGCUUCAGAGGCCCAGAAUUUGCUCAUAGCUUAAUAGAUAUUGAAGGACCUUUUGCUAAUGUAAGCAGAGAUGACUGGGAUGCAGCUGUUGCAAGUCUACUUCAUUUGUCUCCAUUGGUUUCCCAGUCUUUGUGCAGUAAUAGUGUUCGAUCGUAUCUUGUGUAUACAUCUGACAUGCAAAGUGAAGCAGAUUUCUUUCUUAAGGAAUAUUCUCCAAAACUUCAAAGGAUAUGUGAAAGCAUCGGCCAUUUCUAUAUAACCGUGUCUUUUCCAGAAGAUAGUGCUGGUUGUUUCUCUGCAGAGCGAAAGCAAGAAAUUGAAAACAGUUCUUUGUUUAUUUUGUUUCUAAAGUCAGCUUUAUCACGCUCAGUUUUGGAAGACUGCGAGGAUGCUUUCUUCAAAAAUCCAGAAGCAAGACCAUUUCUUAUAUAUCAUAGGACAACAGAGAACAUUCCCUUAUCAACGGAGUUGACAGAGUUUAUUGAAAAAAUUUCUGAGACUGAUAAAUCUGGCAAAGUAAAGAUAAUAGCUCAUGAUGGAGAUAUACAAGAAGGACUUUAUAGAACAUUUGUCCAGAUGGAGAAAAUCAUCAAACAGGAAAUACUGGGAUAUGAGUGUCCAGAAGCUGAAAAUAAAGAUUCUGGAAUUGAAGAUGACUGCCAAGAGGAAAACUAUGGGGAUGUCUUGUGGGAUAUGCGUGAUGAGCAAGAACAAAUAGAAGCUUUUAAGCAAGCAUCAAAACCUUCUUGUCCACUCGGUUUUGAUAAAUAUAUUGAGCGGCUGAAUGACAUGGUGGUUGCCCCUUCACCCAUUCCACCACUUCUUGUAUCAGGAGGACCUGGCUCUGGAAAAUCUCUCCUUUUGUCUAAAUGGAUUGAGCUACAACAAAAACGAUCUCCAAGCACAUUAAUUCUUUAUCAUUUUGUGGGAAGACCUCUCUCCACAAGUUCAGAGCCAGUGCUUAUAAUUAAACGCUUUACAGUAAAGCUUCUUCAGCAUUCUUGGUCAGUUUCCACAUUGUCCAUGGAUCCUUGCAAGAUUCUUGAGGAGUUUCCUCGAUGGCUGGAGAAGCUAUCCACUCGCCACCAAGGCAACAUAAUCAUUAUUAUCGAUUCUAUUGAUCAAAUUGAACAAGCUCAAAGACACAUGAAGUGGCUUAUUGAUCCACUGCCAGUCAAUGUCAGAGUAAUUGUGUCUGUAAAUGUUGAGACAUGUCCACAAGCUUGGAGGUUAUGGCCCACGCUUCAUCUUGAUCCACUUAGCCCAAAAGAUGUAAAAUCAAUUAUUUAUGCUGAAUGCCAAAGAAUGGAUGUAAUCCUUACCAAAGAGCAGGAAAAGAAAUUGGAAAAACAUUGUCGUUCUGCAGCUACAUGCAAUGCCCUGUAUGUGACUUUGAUGGCCAAAAUAAUUGGAAGUUUUAAAAAUUCCGGGGAUACUGAUGCAAUACUACAGCGAUGUUUCCAGUGUCAGGAUACAGUGUCCCUUUACAGAAUGGCCAUGAGAUCCCUUCAGGACAUCAUGUCAACAGACAGGGAUAAGCAGCUGAUGAGAGAGAUAGUUUGUCUUAUGUAUGUCAGUCACAAUGGUAUCAGUGAAUCUGAACUAAUGGAGAUGUUUUCUGAUUUGACGUGGCCACGACUUUCUUUCCUUCUGCAUAAGCUUCAGAAUAUGUGCAUUAUAAAAUAUGUCUGUGGGCUUCUUAUGUUUCAGCAUAUGCAGGCUUGGGAAGCAGUUAGACUUGAAUACAUGGAUGGUGAGCAGAAUUCUCCCUUUGUGUAUAGGGAGAAGCUUAUCAAUUAUUUUGAUCAACAUUUGAGUCAAAACAGGGUCACAUGGAGGGGGGCCGAUGAGCUCCCAUGGCUGUUACAGCAACAGGGUGAGAAACAGAAACUGCACAGGUGUCUUCUGAAUCUAUUUGUUUCACAGAAUCUUUACAAAAGAGGACAUUUUUCAGAACUACUGAAUUACUGGCAGUUUGUUGGAAAAGAUAAAUGUUCAAUGGCAGCUGAAUAUUUUGAAACUCUGAAACAUUAUGAAAAGAACUGUGAAGGAGAAGAGAGCAUGAAAAAACUGGCAGAUCUUUAUGAAACUCUGGGACGAUUCCUCAAGGACCUGGGUCUUCUUGGCCAGGCAGUAGCUCCCUUGCAGCGAUCUCUAGAAAUUCGUGAAACAGCUUUGGAUCCAGAUCACCCCAGUGUGGCUCAGUCACUGCAUCAGUUGGCUGGUGUUUAUGUCCAGUGGAAGAAAUUUGGAAAUGCAGAACAGCUGUACAAAGAAGCCUUGGAAAUUAGUGAAAAUGCAUAUGGUGCUGAUCAUUCCAGAGUGGCACAUGAAUUAGAUUCAUUAGCUGUGCUAUAUCAAAAGCAAAACAAGUAUGAACAAGCUGAAAAGUUGAGAAAAAAGUCAGUCAAGAUAAGACAAUGUUCUGCUCGACAAAAGGGAAGCAUGCAUGGUUUUUCUGUUCUACGGCGCCGUGCAUUACAGCUGGAAGAGCUUACCCUGGGCAGUGAUACAGCAGAUAAUGCAAAGACACUGAAUGAGCUUGGAGUUCUGUACUACCUACAGAACAAUCUUGAGACUGCCAAAAUUUUUCUGACCCGUUCUCUUGAAAUGAGGCAGCGUGUGCUUGGCACUGAUCACCCAGAUUGUGCUCAGUCUCUUAAUAACUUGGCUGCCAUUUACAAUGAGAAAAAGGAAUAUGAGAAAGCUGAAGAGCUGUAUGAGAGUGCUCUGGACAUUAGGAGGAAAGCCCUGUCACCUGACCACCCUUCUCUGGCGUAUACUGUCAAACACCUGGCAGUUCUGUACAAGAAGCAGGGGAAGCUUGAUAAAGCUGUUCCACUCUAUGAACUUGCAGUUGAAAUUCGUCAGAAAUCAUUUGGACCUAAACACCCGAGUGUAGCAACGGCUUUAGUGAACCUUGCCGUUUUGUAUUGUCACUUGAAGAAGUACGGCGAAGCGCUCCCAUUGUAUGAGCGGGCACUAAAGAUCUACGAGGACAGUUUGGGUCACAGCCAUCCACGUGUAGGAGAGACACUCAAGAACUUUGCUGUUUUGAGUUAUGAAAAGGGUGAUUUUGAAAGAGCUGCAGCGCUGUACAAGAGGGCAAUGGAAAUUAAAGAAGCCGAACCCUCGCUCUUAUGUGGAAAAGCACCUUCGAGAAAUUCUUCAAGUGGUGACACAUUCAGCUUAAGAAAUGCUCUGCACCCCAGUGCCUGCCCGGAACUUGGACAGAGGUGACAACACAACAACUAAAGAUCUCAAACAUCUCAAUAUGAAGACAUGGCUGCUCAGUGUAAAAGAAGUAUGUCCAGUGUUAAUAUCUACGUUUUUAAUGUAAACAAAUAAUGUCUAAGGCAAAAAUUUAAAUAAGCUUUAAGUCUGGAUGAUCACAGAAGGAGGACGCAAACAUUCUGCUUUUACUUGAAUUUAGUUGACUUGUUACAUUUAUUGAAUAAAUAUUCAGCUCAAAUAUGAAGAUGGUUCAGGUAACUGAACUGAGAGCGUUAUUUUAGUUUGAUAAAGUAUAAUCAAGUGUUUAUUGAUUUAUUUACUUGAGGUUUACAUUCACCAUCCACUUCAUUAGGUACACCUGUUCAACUGCUCAUUAAUGCAAAUACAUAAUCGGCCAAUCACAUGGAUUUGGUGAAAUGGGAGAUUGGCAUCAUGUAUGUGCAGCCAACAAAUCUGCAGCAACUUUGUGAUGCUAUCAUGUCAGUAUGGACCAAAAUCUCUAAGGGAUGUUUCCUGCACCUUGCUCUGUGCCACAAAGAAUUAUGGUAGUUCUGAAGGCAAAAGGGGGUCCAACCCAGUGUACCUAAUAAAGUGGCCACUGAGUG